AUGCACGGCCAAGUCAAUCAAGACAUUUUCAACCUCGACGAAGGCUUUUGGGACAACUAUUUGCGUGGUCGACCAAGUCCACCGGAUUCGUUCUUUGCGCGCAUAUUCGAUUACCACGAGGCAAAGAAUGGCCACUUCAAUCACGUUCACGAUGUUGGCGCUGGCAAUGGGCCCUUUUCGCAUCAGCUCAAGUCACGCUUCGACCAUGUCCUCGUAUCUGACAUAGCAACCUCCAAUGUCGAACUUGCCCGAGCUCGCCUUGGAGACAAUGGGUACAGCUACCGCACCGCCAAACUCGAAGACGCCAGCGAUCUCCGAGAGGGCAAGAUGGAUCUGGUAUUCGCUGCCAAUGUCAUGCAUUUUCCAGAUCAAGAACUUGCGAUGAAGGCCAUUGCACAUCAACUCAGACCAGGAGGAACUUUCGCGGCUGCCUUAUUCGGACCCGCUCGUUUUGAGGAUCCAAGGAUCCAAUCUUUGUGGCAGCGCAUGAAUUACGAAGGCGGAAGAACGCUGCUGUCGAAAUCCGAUCGGGUUGAGGAGACCAUUGGCAUCAUGUCACGCACACAGGACCAUUACAACGUAGCGCCAUUGGAUCCUACUUUGUUUGACAAGGGCUCGCAGCGCAUCCACUUAAAUAUGAGCAAGGGUGGCAUUGUGGGCAUGUUACCUCCAGAAACAGCAAAUCUGCACUCGGAGCCAGAUUACACGGGAGAAGAUGACCAGCUGAUCCACGAGGACGACAUUGAAUGGCGUUUCACGACGAACUUCAGCGGUUUGAUGGAGCAUGUCGCAUCGUUUCCAUUUCUUGCUCCCGAAACGUCGGAACUGCAGGAGAUGAUGGAAGAGUUGGAGGAGUAUUGUGGAACACAGAAUGCGAUCCAGGGCUACGUUCCGGUCACGCUCAUUCUGGCUACCCGGUCUUAA